GAAUGCUAAUAUUUUGGUUGCAGAGAUAUGCAGCGAGCAUCCGUGACCGCAGACUGCGCAUGCGCCGUAGCUCUUCUAUUCACAUAGCGAAAUCCUUUUCCUCGUAAAUUAACCGAGAAAGAACCAAAAAACAUUAAUGGGUGUUUUCCCAAGUGGCCUAAACAGAAAGCGGCACGCAUCGGCUACAUCCUCCACAGCGGACAAACCCGCCUCUGAAACCAUGUUUUCUUCAGGAGCAGACGCUUUUUCACCUACCGUGUGCUGAAAUGGUGCAGUGUAAAGUAUGAAAAGUCCAUAGCACCGUAAGACAAAGCACGUGGUGCCUUUUGAUGUACUGCAGUCCCGGCUUUUGUUUGAUGUAGCUCGUCCAGCUGGGAUCAGUCUGCUCUCUUCAUAUCACUUUACCAUCCAUCCUGGGGGGAUAACAGAAACCGGCUCUUGACAACUCUGCUUGUGGAGCAUGGGUACAACUGCCAGUGCCGCACCACAGCCUGUUUCCGUAGCACCGCCACUUAAGAGUGUACAUGGCAACGGGAUGGCCGACAGCAGCCACUCUUUUAACAUGAGCCCUUUUCCAACAGUCAGCAUCCACAGCAACAAGGCCAAGUCCAUUAUCACCAACAAAGUCGCACCUGUCCUUAUCACGUAUAACUGCAGACAGGAAUUUCAGAUUCAUGAUGACGUCCUCAAGACCAACUACAAAGUCGGUCGGAUAUCAGACGCUAUGCCCGAGCACUACCUGGUGCAGGGGGAAUACUUUAUGGUCCAGGAUGUAUACAGCAAGGCAGAUGUCCUGAAUACCACGAGCAGCUAUGGAGUGCCCAACUUCCGCCAGGUCAAGGGACACUACCCGCUGUAUGGGAUGGGUCAGCCGAGCCUGAACGGCUUCAGGCAGGUUCUCCAAAGGCUCCAAGCACAAGGACAUGAGGAGAUUAUAUUCUUCUGCGUAAGAGAGGAACCAGUGGUUUUUCUGCACAAGGAUGAGGACUUUCUUCCGUAUACCCCCAGGAGGAAGGAAAACCUACACGAGAACCUCCAUGGCCUGAAAAAGGAGGAGAUGGUGGAGAACCUGGAGCUCACUAUAAGGAAAGAGCUCCACGACUUUGCCAAGCUCAAUGAAAACAUCUUCUACGUCUACAAUGACAUUGAGUACUUUAAAGAUGAACCCCAGAAGAUCUCUGUCACAUGCGAGGAGGACAUCCAUGUGACUGAAGAGGUCUAUAAGAGGCCCAUGUUCACAAUGCCGACCUACAGGUACUACAGAUUACCACUACCAAUGGAGGGGGCACCAUUGGAAGAAGACUUUGACGCAUUUGUUAACAUACUCAGGGAGAGCCCCAGCUUGUCUCUGGGCCAUGAUGUAUCCAGACUGCAGCCCGCUCUGCUCUUCAGCUGCCAGGUGGGCGUUGGCCGCACCAACCUGGCCUUGAUCCUGGGCACACUGGUCAUGAAUCGUCUGAGGGGUGAUUCUCAACCACUGCCUCAAGCUGAGGAAGUAGCAGCCACAGAGCCCAAACCACUGUUCCAGGUCAUCCAGUCUCUGAUCAGCAAGCUGCCUAAUGGACAGCAGGUCAUGGAAGAGGUUGAUCAGGCUAUUACCCUGUGUUCAGAAAUGCACAACAUAAAAGAAGCAAUAUAUGAGAACAAGAGUAAACUGGAAGGGAUUGGAGAAGAUUAUCAGAUUGAGGGAAGCAGCACCAAAGACUACUUUCUCAGCAGAACCAUGCAGAGCUUGGAGCGCUACUUCUAUUUGAUUGUAUUUAAUGCAUACCUUCAUGAACAGUAUCCUCUUGCCUUUUUGUCCAACUUCAGUCAGUGGAUGUGCUGCCAUGCGUGGCUGUACAGGUUGCUGGCCUGCAUGGACCUCUCAGAACUGUCAGCCCCGCCCAAGCUGGUCACCAGAGGAGCUCGUGUCUUGGUUGCUGAUGAGUACCUGGCUCCUGAUGUUCUCAGCACAGUGAAGGAGAUGAAGGCGGUCAACUUCAGACGAGUGCCAAAGAUGUGCGUUUAUGGAGUGGCUCAGCCAACGUUGAAGGCUACUGGAGCAGCGCUGGCACACCUGACAGAUGAAAAAAGGAAGCACAGCCAUGUGUUGUGGGUCAACUUGCAGGAAGAGCUGGUGUUGGAAGGAAAUGGUCAGAUGUUCACACCAAGGGAGCCUUCGUGUGUGGACCAGCACAUUCCUAUUCCAUCAUCUGACCCACAGCUAAUAGAGAAACUGGAGAUGUCUCUGAAGGAGGAGAUCUUGCAAGCGCAGAAGUGGCUGGAGGUGACGCUGGAGCAGGAGAAACAGAUGAAGAUGUUUAAAAGCUGCAUGACAGUCCAGGAGAUCUUCAAAUAUCACAAAAGCUCCCACCAAGGCCUUGUCUACAAGCGCAUCCCUCUGCCAGACUGCAGCGCACCCAGGGAAGAGGAUUUUGAUAAGCUGUUGGAGGCCAUGAAGUGUGCCUUGGCUGAGGACUCCCACUCAGCCUUCAUCUUUAACUGCUGCAAUGGCAAAGGCAGGACCACAACCGCCAUGGUCAUCGCAGUUUUGACUCUCUGGCACUUCAAUGGUUUUCCAGAGUUUGCAGAUGACGAGAUUGUGAGCGUUCCUGAUGCCAAGUACACAAAAGGAGAAUUUGAGGUCGUGAUGCAGUUGGUGCGUCUGCUCCCUGAUGGCCACAGGAUGAAGAGGGAGGUAGACAUGGCUCUGGAUUCUGUCAGCGAGACCAUGACUCCCAUGCACUACCACCUGAGAGAGAUCAUUAUCUGCACAUACAGACAGAUCAAAAGUGGUAAGACAGAGAAGGAGUGUGAGCAGCUGCAGCUGAGGAGCCUACAGUACCUGGAGCGCUACAUUUACCUCAUCCUCUUCAACACAUACCUGCACCUAGAGAAGAAAGACUCCUGGCAGCGCUCCUUCACUCUCUGGAUGGAACAGGUGGCUGCCAGAGCUGGAGUUUAUGACAUCCUCAACCAGCUGGGCUUUUCUGAGUUUGAAAACCCGAGGGACACGCCACUGGCCAGGCUGCGCUGCCGCUGGCAGCAACAGAACAUUCAGUCACUUCCUUUCCGAGGGGAGUUCAUCUGAGAGAGGAUCACUGUGAACACACCAAAACAGUACUGUGCUUUUCUGAAUAGACAUUUAGGAACAUUGCCUUCUAUAUUUACCCCUGUAUUGUCCACAUUUCUACGUCAUCUUUUGUUUGUGUAACUGCUUUUUCUGUUCAAACUUGGCAAUGUUAACAUUGUGUAGGUGUUUUAAUAUUAGGUUAGCAGAGAGUUGCUCCUAUAUUUGUACCUUUGCUGAUUUUUAAUCAACGGUAGAACAUAGAAUUUCAGUCUGAUAAUUUGUUGUUUUUCGAGGUUUAAAAAAUUCAGCAUUUUAAAACUUCAUCCAUAACUAGGCUAAAGUUAAAUGUUAGAGGAGAAAAGUAAAAUCCAAUCUGUCAGCCAACAAUUUUGGUUGUAUGUCACAACUGUUUGCUAUUGUGUGACCUGAUGUUUUUGUUCUCAACACAGCCGUCAGUGGCCAAGGAUCUGUUUGACUUGAGGUUUACAAUUUUUCAGAAGAUUCCCUGUGUUUAUAUGAAAGCUGAUGUUAUUUAAAGGUAAUGUCUUUUUGAAUUUAUAAGGGAGCUUUUCAUUAUCAAAGCUUAUUGAAAUGCUACAGCAUAACUGUGAUGUGUCCCCCUGUUGUACCUGUUUUUUUUUUUACUUUACAUGUGUCAUACAGGUUCAAACAAUACAACAUGUCAGGAUUUUUUGGUUUGAUUUUACUCUGAAGGUGUCUUUACCUUCUGAAACAGCCUUCACUUUUCAUCCCCAAUGGUUUCCUCUGAAGUUACAUUACGCUUGAUAACCACGCUGUUCAGUAGUACUCCUCUACCUGUAAGCCAACUUUGAUGUGUAAAACUGACAGACUUCCCUUUUAAUCAGCUCGGCUGUCACACACCUCACGGCC